CAGAGCGAAAACAUGUGUGUAUGUAUAUAAAUGAAUUUGCAUGAAUAAUCGACAGAAAUCAAUGAGGAAAAUGUACUUCAUCGGGUCAGUCAGGAAAUCGGUCGGGAGACCAGUCAACAUAACCUAGACGUUUCUCGGUCUGACCAAUACGAUUACCUGCAAAACCGCGUUCGGGUACCAGUGCGUCGAUAGGACGAGUUCCUGGGUUUGACUCAAGCCGCGGUUCAAGCCGUGGUCGGGUUCAACCUCGCGGAUCUAUACCCGUCUCUGGGGUUUCUUCAGGGUCUGACCGGUUUGAAAACCAAGCUUCUGGGUCUCCGAAACGGGUUGGACCGAAUCUUCGACAAUGUCAUUAAGCAGCAUGAGGAGAAGAGGGCUGGGAAGGGGGAGGUGGAAUUGGAUGAUGAAGAUCUCAUGGAUGUUCUUUUCCGGCUUCAGGGGAGCGUCGGAUUCAAAUGUCCCAUCACCACCACCAACAUCAAAGCCGUCCUUCAUUUUUUAUAUCUAAGGGGUCGUUUGGAAGUUGCGAUUGUUAAAUAGAUGUAUUGUUGAGAAUGCAUGUAUAAUAUUAUACAUGUAUUGUCGAAUUUGAUGCAUUGUAGAAUACAACGUUUGGUAUGUGUGAUUGUGUAUGUCGCAUCAGCUAAAAGCUGAGACAAAACAAUCUCAACUCAACAAUCUCAACAAUCACAACUAAAAGUUGAGAUAUAACAAUCACUCAAAAUGAGUGAUAGUUUCUGUCACAUCACAGAAACAAUCCAUGUAUUGUUUCAGCUUCCAAAAAAACAAAAAAAACGAUGUAUUGUAAACAAUACAUGCAUAAUGACAAUCUCAACAAAACAAUCGCAACUUCCAAACGACCUAAAACUUAAAGACUAUCUCCCAUUCUUUGUCUAUGUUAAAUUUGGGGUAAAACGAUGCAUUGUAAACAAUACAUGCAUAAUCACAAUCUCAACAAAACAAUCGCAAUUUUCAAACGACCUAAAACUUAAAGACUAUCUCCCAUUCUUUGCUAUGUUAAAUUUGGGGUAAAAUACCUCGGACAGAUUUGAUGAGUUUCAUGAUUUUGAAAAAAAAAAGUUUACAAAUCUAAAAUGGGGGAAAAACCUGUUGGGCCUACCACACCAGCCCAGCUGGAUUACAAGCCACUAAGACAGGUGACUGUAGUAGCACAAUUGGGCCCAUUUGCGUUUCAGUUUUAGGGUUGGUCGUAAGUCGAACCGGUUGCUUGGGUUGGGUUACCCGAUUUCCCGUUACCAGGCGCUAUCUGGCGGAUGCAAACAAGUACACGUCAUCUACUUCCUCUUCCUUCUUUCUUUCUGCGGCCACUGCCCGUCCAACAUCUCCACUUUCCACUUUCCAGUAAUCCCUCAAAAAAAUCAAAUCACAGCUUCGCUUCCGAUCGAUUUCUCAUGCAAUUGGGAAAACCCCCACCGCUUCUCGUCAAAUAGAAGCAGCCAAGCCCAAGCCAAUCAACUCCCGCCGAGGAUGCGAUUCUCGAGACCUCAUUUCGGUGCAAGAAAGGCGGUGGCCUGCCGACUCUGGAAUUCGGGUUUUACUAGACACAUUGUGACCAGUUGCAGGGCCGUGUUGCUUCCCCGGUUCGGAGGCCCGGAGGUGCUGGAGCUCCGGGACGGCGUCGAUGUGCCGCCGCUGAAGCCCAAUGAGGUCCUCGUUCGUGUUCGGGCAGCUUCGGUCAAUCCACUGGAUACCCGAGUAAGUUCGGAUUCGGAUGUAGUUUCUCGAUAGAAUGGAAGGAUUUCUGUUUUGUGAUUAGGUCAGGAGAAUCAUGGAUGAAGAAUGGGUUUGAUUUGUUCUUGGGAAUUAUAGCGUGGCGAUUGCAUUAUUGUCAGAAUCAGAGAAGAUGGUGCCUGAAGUGAGAGUUGGUUCUGGUAUAGCAAAGAAGCAUAUGCAUGAGAAAGAAUCUAAAAUUAACUAAUGAUAUGAAUGAUGAUGGAAGUUAGCUCAGAUGUUGGAAAUGUGUUGCUUUCUAUUAUAUCAUACAGAGAACUCACUGUAUUUCUUCAAUUGCUGAAUUUGUCAUGUAGAUGAUGUCUUAGCUUGAAGAGUUAUCUGUCUCAAGGAGUAGGUUCAUUAAUCAAUCGAUUUUUUUGAAUCUUUGAUUCUUCCAGAUGCGAGCAGGUUAUGGUCGUUCGGUAUUCGAACCACUCCUACCUCUCAUUUUGGGUCGAGAUGUCAGCGGGGAAGUUGCAGCCGUUGGAACGUCGGUUCAUUCCUUGAGUGUUGGACAAGAGGUCUUUGGUGCGCUGCAUCCAACUGCCGUCAGGGGCACUUACACGGAUUAUGCAGUGCUUUCAGAAGAAGAACUUGCUGCGAAACCAGCUUCAAUUACUCAUGUGGAAGCAAGUGCCAUUCCUUUUGCUGCACUGACUGCUUGGCGUGCUCUAAAGAGUACAGCUAGAAUAGCUGAGGGGCAACGGCUGUUAGUAAUUGGUGGCGGUGGUGCUGUUGGUUUUGCUGCCAUCCAGCUGGGUGUUGCUGCAGGGUGCUAUGUUACAACCACCUGUGGAGGUAACAGUGUAGCUAGAAUGCUAGAAUCUGGUGUAGAACAGGCUGUCGACUACACUGCUGAGGAUAUUGAGGUAGCUAUAAAAGGGAAGUUUGAUGCUGUUUUGGACACUAUUGGAGUGCCGGAAACAGAGAGAACGGGAAUCAAUUUUCUGAAGAGAGGUGGUCACUACAUGACACUUCAGGGGGAAGCAGCAAGUUUGACGGAUAGAUAUGGGUUAUUGGUUGGGCUUCCCAUCGCUACUUCAAUAUUACUGAAGAAACAGAUACAGUAUCGUUAUUCUCAUGGAAUAGAGUAUUGGUGGAAUUACAUGAGAGCCGACUCCGACGGCCUAGCUGAAAUACGCAGACUCUCCGAAAUCGGGAAGCUGAAGAUGCCGGUGGAGAAGACGUUCCCGAUCUCGCAAGUGAGAGAGGCUCAUGAAGCAAAAGACAGCAGGCGGGUGCCCGGUAAAGUCGUACUUGAACUCGACUGAUAGGCGAAUCCUUUGAACAGAAUUAGAAUGCAGGUUAUGCAAUUGUGAAAUGGGGGUGGGGUGGUCGAAAGUGAUUUGCUUUCUUCCUUUCUUCCCUCACAAGUCAGGCUUUAGCUCAUACUAGUUGUGGUGAUUAUGCAUGCAAGUAAUGAACUUGAGAAAAUAGUGUGUUCUUUUUCAUAUAUAGGUAAUAAAAGAGUUGGUUAUAGUAUGUACUAGUUUUCUUCUGCUCCUCCUUGCUUGCUGUAAGUGUCCCUUAAAACUAUAUAUUAGACUGUCAGUUCGAUUCUGUGCUUGUUUGUGAGCGAAAUAUUUGGUAAUUGUCAAUUAGUUUUAUUAGCCGCCGGCCGCCACAAUUACUUUUGGUAAAUCACGAUGCAUUUCACUGCCCACUGGUAUUAAAUGAUUGAAUUAUUG